UUGCUUACCCAAAGUAUCUUUAAGUAAGUUAUUUAAAUUGUAGUCCUUUCCAAAAAGAAUGUCGUAAUAAAUUAAAAACUAUACUUUUAACCAUGCGGAAAGAUAUCAAGUAAUUCAUCAUAAAGAGACAAUACUCACAAGAUGUGCUACACCACCCUUACAAGAUGUGCUACACUACAUUGUUUUUGGCAUUGUUAGACAAAUAAAAGCUAGAAGAGGAUUGACUAAAUGUAGGUAUCUACCAUAAAAGAAGACAAAGAUCUAAUAAUGAUUUUAAAAACUUAAUUGUAAAACAUUUAAUGUGUGACAAGGGCUGUAAACUUUUGUAGUAUUUCUGUGUAACACUGACAUCUAGUAGCCUCCUUGCUUAUAUGACUGGGUCAUGUUUCAGUUCAGAGAAAUCGAAACUAAACUCACGCAGUCGAAGAGUUGAGGAUUCCUUUCAGUUUGUGCUGUAAAAAAUGGCAGAAUCCAGUGUUUGUUUGGCUCAGGAACAGUUCAGCUGUUCAAUCUGUCUGGAUCUACUGAAGGAUUCAGUGGCCAUUCCCUGUGGACACAGUUACUGCAUGAGCUGUAUUUCAGACUGCUGGGAUCAGGAUGAGCGGAAAGGAGUCUACAGCUGCCCUCAGUGCAGACAGUCCUUCACUCCAAGACCUGCGUUAGGAAAAAACACCAUGCUGACUGAAGUGAUGGAGAAUAUCAGGAAGAGAAAAUUACAAGCUGGAGAUGUGGAGUGUGACGUUUGUACUGGGAGAAAAUUUAAAGCUGUCAAGUCUUGUCUGGUGUGUCUGGAAUCUUACUGUCAGACUCACUUUCAACGUCAUGAAGAAUUUCAUUCUAGAAAGCGACACAAAGUGACUGAUGCCACUGGACGACUGCAGGAGAUGAUCUGCCCUCUACAUGAGAAACUACUGGAGAUUUUCUGUCGAACAGAUCAGUGCUGUAUUUGUUAUCUGUGUACAAUGGAUAAACACAAAAACCACGACACUGUAUCAGCUGCAGCAGAGUGGACUGACAAAAAGAUUCAACUGGCUGAAAUGCAAAAAACAACCCAUCAGAGAAUGGUGGAGAGACAGAAGGAGCGAGAGGAGCUGAGAGCAGCUGUAGAGUCUCACAAGCGCUCUGCACAGGCAGCAGUGGAGGACACUGAGAGCAUCUUUACUGAGCUCAUCUUCUCCUUUGAGAGAAGCUGCUCUGAGGUGACACAGCUGAUCACAGAUCAGCAAAAGGCUGCAGAGGGUCGAGCUGAAGAACGACUGAAGCAACUGGAACAGGAGAUUGAUGAUCUGAGGAGAAGAAACACUGAGCUGGAGCAGCUUUCACACACAGACCAUCACAUCCAUUUUCUCAAGAGUUUCCAGUCUCUCUCUUCUCCUCCUGGAUCUACAGACUCAUCCAGCAUCACUGUCAGCUCUCGUAUCUCUUUUGAUGAUGUUGGUAAAUUGUCUCAUCUGAGAAAGAAACUGGAGCAUUUCUGCAGAGAAGAGAUUGAAAAGAUAUCUAGUAAAGUGAGAGACAUUAACAUAAUUUCCAUCUCUGCUGAACCAAAGACUCGUCAGGAGUUCCUCCAAUAUUCCAGGCAGCUGACUUUUGAUCCAAACACAGUGAAUACGUCCCUGGUGUUGUCUAAAAAGAACAGAGUGAUUGAAUACACUGACAAAGUUCAGCAGUAUCCUGAUCAUCCAGACAGAUUUGAUUGUUGGCCUCAGGUGUUGUGUAGAGAGAGUGAGUGUGGACGCUUUUACUGGGAGGUUGAGUGGAAUGGUUAUAUAGAAAUAUCAGUGUCAUAUAAGAGCAUCAGCAGGAAGGGACGUGGAAAUGAGUGUGUUUUUGGUUGUAAUGAUCAGUCCUGGAGUUUGUUCUGCUCUAGAUCCAGGUUUUCAUUCAGGCACAAUAAACAACAGACUAAACUCCCAGUUCUGUCCAUCUCCUCUAGAAUAGGAGUGUAUGUGGACCACAGUGCAGGAACUCUGUCCUUCUACAAUGUCUCUGACACAAUGAGCCUCAUUUACAGAGUCCACACCACAUUCACUCAGCCGCUCUACCCUGGGUUUUGGGUUUUUGCUGGAAGCAUCUUGUUCACAACUGACACUGUGAUCUGACACUGAUGUUGCAGAUAUUCUACAAACAACACGAACCAUUAGAGAUUCUCAUGUCUUUUUUUAUGCUAGAUACUAUUAACACAGCCCCCUUCUCCAACACCUUAUCCCUUCCAGUUGCAAAAUUAACAAAUAAGCACUAAUGAUAAUAAUAACAAUAUGGCAGGGAAAAAAAGUUUUGUAUUUUAGUAUUUUUUUUAUGUAACAUGAAAUUGUGAACAACGACAAAGAAAUAAUACAAUGUUUAGCUUGUUUUGUCUGUGUAGCCAAAACUUGCCAUUUCCAAAAUAUAUCAUGGGUUUUCUAUAGUACUAAUUUACAUAAAGUACAUUGUUACUAUGUUAAGAGCAUAAUUAUGAUUUGUUGAAAUAUUUUAGUCCUGUAAUGAGUUCCUGUUUUUCAUAAAAUAUAUGUGUUUUGUACAGUAAAUAAAUAUAUGUAUGCUAGCUUUGAGCAGCAUUAAACAGUCAGUGUACAUAAAUGCCAUGUCAGAUUGAGCUUUUGUUUCAUAUUUGCAGCAUGGACGAGACUUUUGUUAAUACCAUUUAACUGGAAACCAGUGAUCUGAUUGAAUGAAAUAAUUGGUUAAAAAUAGGUAUUUAAAAUAAAAACACAAAGACUUAAAAAAUUGACUUUAAAAUUGUUUAAAUCAAUUCAAGGGAGCAAAUGUUGUCUAUUAAGUAAAAUCUGACCUUAAUGUGAACCAAAUCCUGUAUUCUCUGUACAUCACCGUGCAUUAUGGCUUUCUUUAUGUUUAGCACUGCUUCCACCUGAACAGUCUCUAUAAAACAAAAGAAAUAUCAAAUAUGAUCAAAAAAUAAAACAGUUUGAUAUAGUAUACAUUAAAUAAAUCAUUAACAAUUUUAUUGA